AUGCUCAACCGUGGAGGCAGAUCUAUCAAGAUCACAAAUGUCAAGUCCAUUAAGCCUCCAGACCCAGAGCUAGUCAAGAAACAAGAGGAAGAGAAGCUAAGAGCUGAGUUACAAAAGGAGAUUGCUUCUCGAUACCGGACAUGCAGUUAUCAAGGUUAUGAAUGCCAGCUACCAGUAGUAUCUGGCCGAGCCUUCUGCGGGAGGCACAUCUUGUCUGACACCACUGCACCAUACAAGCAAUGCGCCCAGGUCUCAGCUCAAGGCAAACGUUGCUCUAUGCCAUCACCAAUAGACAAGGAGCAGAGCCUAUGUUUCGAGCAUGCAAGGGCGAAUCUACUAAAUCGCCAGAGAAGUGCAGCGCCUCCGCCCCCCGUGACUACAACGGAGACACUUUUAAAUCAAUUACAACACUACAUACGGCCAGAAAGAACUCGUACGACCUCGUGCGCUUCAUCCGUCUCUGUAGUCAGUGAUCCAGCUGAUCACGAGGUCACUACGCAUGCGGUCGAUCCCUUUAAGGAAAUAGAAGCGACAUCAGUAAACGCGACGGUGUCGUCGAAUAUAAUGGAAUGCGCAAGCGCAAGUGACAGUGACUGUGACAGUAUUGAGCUUGAAACUGACAUUACGGACGCGUUGUCUGACACCGAGGAUGCGCCUUGCGAGAGCGAACCACUAUGGCGAGCUGGUGUAUUCACAGCAGAAGAAGCGGUCUCUGAAGCGAAAAAUGUAUUGAAGUUGCUCCAAAAUGCUUAUAUCGGCCAAAUGGGAAGGUUACGGAUCUCUCUGCAAAUAGCUAGACAACAAUACCUCAAGAGUUUGAGAUCAGAGAAAGAGUUAUAUUGCAGUAUCAACACGCAGGCCAAAAGCGGUCCAUUGACUGUUCGUGAACGAAGGCAACUUCGCAAGCUGAAGGCAUACGCUGGGUAUCACAGGCGACAUGGCGUUGAGGCAGUAUUGGCUAGGAAACUACAAAAGAAAAGGGCUAAGGUGAACGAAAUUCCGUCAAACCGCGGGAAUCACAUGCAAGGUCGCUGCACGUUCACGGAGGGCGGGGUCCGUUGCACGACGCAUGCAUUGCCCGCGUCCAAGCACUGUCUGAAGCAUAUCCUCCAGGAUAGACAACAGGUGCUGUUUAGACAAUGUGGAGAUCCUCGUGGCGGCGUUCCUUGCAAGGAGCCAAUACCGCGGCUACCUCUCGCUUCAAAUCUCUGCAGAUACCAUACAGGCCCACCGAUCUACACUUCCUUUACAUUAAAGAAAGAUGACUCGGGCAGCGAUACAGAAUCUCAUUCAUCACUAGAGAGUGAUGCCGAUGACAUCCCAUCACCCCGGAAAAUCGAACCAGUGGUGGAGAGCAGUCUAACCGAUGUCAUGGCAUAUGAAUGA